AUGUCCGAGACAAUCCGUCUCCCCCACAAACCCGACGCCCCGCUGUCUUACCAAUUCGUCCCGGGACAGGGCCCCUUGUCAACCACGCAUCUCAUCAUCUACCUCAACGGACUUAUCGCCCCCCAGUCUGGCUGGCGUGCAACUAUAGAGGAUCUCCAACGACGAUGGAAUGAAGGCAGUCGCAGUACUAAUCAUCCACCGCUACUUACUUAUGACCGCUACGGCCAGGGUGAAUCUGCGCGCGAUCCUGCCGAUGACCAGCACGGCGGGAGCCAUGACAUCCGCGAGGUCGUCGCGGACCUGCACGUCUUGGCGCAAGAGAUAUGGCGCACCAAGAUAAAGGAUGCCUCGAACGGAGAUGGAGCAGCGCAAGUGCCGAAGUUAAUCUUCGUCGCCAACAGCAUCGGCUGCGUCAUCGGACGUUUCUACGCCGAGACAUAUCCGGGGUCUACGGCAGCACUACUAUUCCUCGACAGCAACAUCGCCAACAGCGACCUAGUAUCGCUCUUCCCAGACCCAGACGCACCAAGCUUCGACCCGGCUAUACUCCCCGCGGACUCGACAGUCGCAGACCUGCGCCGCACGCGCGCGGGUUACGCCGCGCACUUCCAGCCGUCGGCGCCGAACCCGGAGCAUCUGGACCGGCGAAACAUCAUGUCGCUACUGCCGCUUUCUGACGCGCCGCUGCUGCGGGGACCGGAUGAAGAAUUGGGGCCGUGGAUCACGGUUGUAGGGCACGACUGGGAGACCUUUGCCGAGGAGGGCUUGCGGGGGUCCAUGAACGUGCCCAAGGGUCUGACGAACGCGUACAUGAACCCGCCCUGGGCUGACUACAACGAGGGGCUCACGCAUCUGACGAAUGCGGAGAGGGUCUGGGGUCCAGUGAUAGCGACGGGUUGUGGCCAUUUCAUACAGAAGGAUGAUCCGGCGCUGGUUGCAGAACUUACGGAUGACUUGCUACGGGAGAUCGAGGCUAAUGGGGCGAUAUAG